GGCGAGAGCACGGUCAGGCGGAGAGACCUGGUUCCUUUGCUGAGUUGGGGUUGAAGCCCUAACUGAGUAAGUGUAUGUGACAGAUAAGGCUUUAAAGUUGUCGACGCUGGACUAUGGCUCAUCGAGUCUGCAGAAAUAUUCUUCGUCUUCUUCUGCUACAGCCUAGUCAUCAUCAUCGACCCGUUGCAGAAGAUAACUUCUACUACUACCCGGAAUAUUGACGAGACCCGUCCGAAGUACUUUCAAUGUCCGCUAUAACGCGUCGAGCAGCCACGUCCAGCGCUCUGCUGGGACGCUACAGCCGAAGCAGGGCCUUUGCUCCCUCGCCGCAGGCUAUGCUGAUGCUGAUGCGAGCCUACUCGACCGAGCCUACACCGCACUCGAGUCCGUCUGGUCCUCCAGUCGAUGUGUUGUCGUCGAUGGGCAAGUCUGCUUCCUCGCGCACGAUCGUCCAGCCGAAGCGAACGCCGGUGUCCGAUCCCGCGAAAGCCGGCAAGAAGACUGAAGUCGAUGCUGAGUUUGAGGAGGUGGAUGCUGCGAAGGCGGUCGCGGAGAAGAGUGCCGACAAGGCGACCGAAAACAUUUUGGGUAAAGAAACAGAAGUUCCGGAUCUCCCGACGGUCGCUGCUGAUAGCGCCUCGACUACCCCUGCCACGGCAGAGAAGCCCAAGAGCAGUUUAUGGCAGAAGGUCAAGGAUGGCGUGCGCCACACCUGGGACAGCACAAAACUGCUCGGAGUUGAGAUCAAGAUCUCGACUAAGCUUGCGCUGAAAAUGGUUGCCGGAUACGAAUUGACCCGUCGUGAGAGCCGUCAGCUCCAGCGCACGACCCAGGAUCUCAUCCGUCUCGUUCCGUUCUCUGUCUUUUUGAUCGUUCCCUUUGCCGAGCUGCUUUUGCCGAUAGCGCUGAAGCUGUUCCCUGGACUUUUGCCUUCCACUUUUGAGGCUCCUUCGACGAAGGAGAAGCGUGUCAAGAGCCUUCGUAACACCCGGAAAGAAGUGUCAAAGUUUCUCCGCAGCACGGUCAAGGAGACCGGACUUGCUCUUCCGCAGACCCACAACAACGCCCAGCGUGAGCUGUUCGCCGAUUUCUUCCGCAAGAUCAGAACCUCUGGUGAAUCUCCGUCUCGUGAAGAACUUCUCAGCGUUUGCCGAUUGUUUAAAGAUGACAUGAUUCUCGACAACUUGUCGCGUCCCCAGCUGGUCGCUAUGUCAAAGUACAUGAACCUGCAGACUUUCGGUACCGAUAUGAUGCUCAGAUACCAGAUCCGUCGUCGGAUGCGUCAGACGAAGCGUGACGACCGUGCUAUUGACUACGAGGGCGUCGAGUCGCUGUCGGUCCGAGAACUCCAGGGUGCCUGCCAGGUGCGAGGAAUCAAGUCUCAUGGCGUCUCUCCGGCUAGACUGCGCGAGGAUCUUCAGACAUGGCUGGAUCUGACUCUGCGACAGCAUGUUCCGAGUACGCUACUUGUCUUGUCGGCUGCGUACACUUACGGAUCUCCCGAGUCGGUUGAUUCGCACUACGAUGCCUUGCUUUCUACUCUCAGUUCAAUCCCCGACCAGCUUUACCAUGAGGCUGAGUUGGAGGUCAACCACCUCGAGGGAACUGCUACCAACAAGCAGCGUCUCGAGGUUCUCAAGGAGCAGGAGCAGCUUAUCAACAACGAGAACGAACAAGUGAGCAUGUCUGGAACUGUCGUCAAGGAUCACGAGUCCAUUGAUGAGAGCGAGGUUGCUGAGGGCGAGGCCGACAAGGAGGAGCUGCCCGAGAAUGCUGAGGCUAAAGAGGCCGCAGAGGCUGAACAGUUGGAGGAGCCUAAGCUGGAGAAGCUGGAAGAGCCCAAGGCUGAACAGGUGGAAACACCUGAGCCUGUCGCUGCAAAGGCACAAACUGGUGAGGUGAAGAACUAGAUCACCGCCAGCUCUUCCGUCCAACAAAAUUGAAUUGUUGACUGGAGUCGGGCCCAAAAAAAUAUCAACUAUCGGAGUUACGAUCGUAUCUUUGUUUAUUGUCGUAUGUACCUAGCAAUAGAGGUACUCCGCUCUUUUACUGUCUUUCUCUCUGCAUGCUAUAUAAACACGGCGCAGAAAACAUUCGUUUAUCCAACUUCUUGUCUUACCAUUCUUUUGUCUAUAUUACAUCAGUUUUCAUUUUAUCUUUGUAUCUAGUUGGUAGGUAGCGGAGUGAGCAAAAAAUUGUAUUUAAUAGAAUAACAAAGAUUAUACA